GCACUGGUACAUGAAAACAACUCGAUCGAUUCAUAUUAUCUGUCCACUGCCCACGUACUAUUUCAACGAGACAGGAGGUCUGAACCAUAUUAUUUAGUUUUUUAAAGGGCAAUUUCAACAGUUUCAGUCAUGACAAAUACAAGUGACCGACGAUUUGAUUUACAUCAAACCAGUUCAGGGAAAGGACUGGACUACAGACCUGGAUACUACUUUCCAGCAUCCGAUUUCAAGACGACAAUAUACAACCCAUUACCGCCCGAGUUAGCCAAGCAAGAUGAAAUAAUUAAACCAUACACAACGACAACAGGAGAAACGCAUGACUUUAAACAUCAUGGUGGUAUCUAUGGUAACACUCAACAGCAGAAGGCUCCAGGUCAUUGGAAUAUUCAUUACAAUAAAGAUCUUAGAGAAAAGAUGAGAGCAAGAGGCUGGAGGAAACCAUUGACAAUGGGCAACCAGGAAAGUGAGAUGCAAGGCGAGUACAAAGGCAACCAUAUGCAGCCCGGAGUUGACUUCAACACAUACUUGAACCAAAACCCCCAACCAACCACACUUCAGCAGCACCAUUCCGUGAUGCCAGCUCCUCUUGCUGACAAAACACCAAAGUACAAACCAUCUCUUGUGAGAGAUGAUGGCGCAUUACAACUACUUGAUCCGUACGUGACAACGACGCAUAAAGACUUUAAGCGGUUCAGUCGACACGACCUGGAUGAUUACCCAAAGAAAGACGCAGCUACAUACUGGAGAUGUGAAGAUUACCCACAAGCCUGGGGCCAUGGCACUAAACAAAAUUUACUUCCCAAAGAUUCAGUCCCCAGAUCAAGACCCCCGAUGCAAGAUAAACUGAUCUUCAAAACAGAGAUUAAGGAACCAGUUCGAUGGCCUGAAAAAUUCAAACGAGUACCCAACAGUGGAAUGCAAACUCUUGCUCAAGCUUCAUAUCAAACACCCUCUGAUCCCAAGAUGAGGGAGCUGUUUUCUUGCCCCGUAGACACGCCUUGGGUUAUCCCCACGGCAGGACCGGAACAGACUUUCUCAGUACCGCAAACGUAUAGCACCGAAUAUCAAACAUAUGCAAGUGGCAAGCCAGUAUCUGUGUGAUGACACAAAAAGCAAACAAAAGAAAUAUUUUAAUUUAAUACGAAAUAAUGAUCAAAUAUUAAUCAAAUAUGUAUUAACCAAUUUUAUUGUAAUAUUUAAACAAAUAUCUGAUCAUUUUUCAGUAGCUUCACAGAGGAAGAAUAAAUAUUAAAAUGAAAUCAUGCAAAGAAAAAAUAUUUCCUCUGCUUUUUUUGUAAUAUAAAUAUGUAAAUAGCUUAUGUUUUAAUGGAUUUUACUUAGCAGAUGAUGUAUAUAAUAUGCAAGUGGCAAUUAUGAUGACACUAAGUGUAACUUAUUGUGCUUAAAUAGAAAACAAUUAAAAAAAGUUUUGGAUAUAAAAUAA